GCUGCCACUUCCACCUUUUAGAGGCGACUGGACCCUCUCCCGAUCCGACCCUGGGGUGGGGGUGGGGCCUGCACCGAGGCGGUUCUGGGCCCAAACCCGCGAGCUCCUUGCAUGAGUUCUCCCAGCUGGAAGCGCCCGGUGCUGCCGGCCCUCCCCUCCCCCGCAGUCUAGGCCCCGCCCACCGCCGCCCCAGGUGGAGUCUAGCCGCGCUGCCGGCCCGCCCACCUGUCCAGGUUCUGCCGGCCCAGCCGGAAGCCACCUCCGCGGACUGUGCACAGUUCCUAAGGCUCCACCCCAGGGACUCCUCUGAGUCAGGUGCUCCACCUGCAGAUACUCCCCAACCGCAGCUGUCCCCCCUCCAGGACUUGUCCUCUGGGGGUGCCUGGCGUCUGGGGGCCUCCUUGGAGCCUGGGCUCUUUCUGGCAGAGGCAAAAGUAUCAUCAAGCCCUUCCAUGAAUGAGGCAAACCAGACCCAAGUGGGGCCCUCGGAGUUCCCCACAGCAUCAGCCACAGCCGCCGGACCAGGCUCUGGGGGCCGGGCAUGGCCUGUGCUGGUAGGGGUUGUGCUGGGGGCCGUGGUCCUCUCUGUCCUUGUCGCAGUUGCUGCCAAAUGCCACCUGUGCCGCCGCUACCGUGCCAGCUACCAGCACCGCCCGCUGCCCGGGACAAGAGGGGACCGCCGCCCGGAGGUGGGUGAGAUCGAAGAUGACGAUGGCUUCAUCGAGGACAAUUACAUUCAGCCGGGAGCCGGCGAGCUGGGGACAGAGGGCAACAGGGACCCCUUCUCCCUCUGAGCCCUGAUCUUGGGUACUCCCCCUGCCCUCGGCGCCUGACAACGUAAGGACAGUUGGAUACCACGGAUACUACCACGCACGAGCCUCAAGCCUCGGGGACAGAGGUGUCCAGGGCUCAAAGGCAGAUGGGGGGCACAGCAGCCCGCCCGCUCCUGACCCUAGCCACCGAAGCGGCAAAGGCUCUCUCCUUCGAUGACUCCCCACAGUUCUCAGGACAAAGCCCAGCAAAUGUUGGGUGGGGCCUCUCUGGCCUGCUUCACUCUCUGCUUAGCUCAGUCUUUGCCCUCUCCUGCCCUUCCCUGUAGCUUUGCCACGCACCUCUGUGCCCAUUGUCCUCCUGUCCAGAUGUUGUCCUGCUGUCCAGACCGCCCUUCUCUUAUUGCUUCUCGGCCUUUUGGCUAAGAUCAAGUGCAGACUGCCCUUCUCCCAAAUCUUUGGCAGGUGCCGUGUGGCCCCUGACCUGCCUGCCUUGCAGAUGUGCUCAGGUGAUGCUGAGUGAGCAGGUGGAAGCCAGCGCCCAGUUUCCUCUUGAACUUUUUCCCAUCAAUGAAGUGGGUAAUCUGGUUAUGUUUUUC